AUGUCGACCCCUACAAUGGUGGCUGUUGCGGCUGGGACACGGUCAGCACUGGUGGUAGAUAUGGGCUGGAACGAGACUGUCGUGACCAGCGUCUACGAAUACAGGGAGGUGAAGAGUUCAAGGACUGUCAGGGGCGGCAGGAGCCUGAACGACGCGCUCUACAAGCUGCUUUGCGCCCUCAUUCCUUCCGCUGAAGAUGAUGAAUCGGGAGACAGAGCGGUGGCAUUUGAAGAAUGCGAGGACAUAUUGUGUCGGCUCAUGUGGUGUCGACCUUCGGCUUUCAAAUCGUCUCGACGAGAGCCCACACAGUUGCACACGGUUGAGGAACAAGACGAAAACGAAGGGGAGCCAAACCAACCGAGUGGCAUAGCCGAGGUGCCGCUUCGGUCAGCAAAUCCUCCUUUCACCAUCCAUAUACCCUUCAACAAGCUUGCUGAGGUCUGCGACGAUACCUUCUUCGACCCUUCAGCGGCCCAGACCACCUUUGAUGACCACGAACUGCCGCUUCACCUACUGAUAUAUCAGCACCUGCUCCAGUUGCCCCUUGACGUCAGGGCAGUCUGCAUGUCUCGAAUCACCUUCACGGGGGGCUGUUCGAAUAUACUGGGCAUAAAGGAGAGGAUUUUAGACGAGAUCACAAGCAUAGUUCAGCGCAGAGGCUGGGAGCCCGUGUCUGGCAAAGGCGUCGAGGGCUUGCGAAGCGGACGCAGGGCUGAUGGAAAAACUAGCGUACAAAGGUCAAGCACGUCGUCAGUUGGAACGUCGGAGUCGGGCGGUGACGACUCUGAUGGACCUCGGUCCGAGUCGGGAACUGCGGAUUCUCAGGAGGACCGGGUCGAAGCCAAGGUGACGCGCAAUAGGCCAGUUCGGCACCAGUUCCAGGGCCAGCUACGAGCCAUUCACUCAUUGGGAGCUUGGGCAGGGGCCAGUUUGAUGUGCCAGCUGAAGAUCCCGGCCAUGGCUACCAUAGAUAGAGAGUCGUGGCUGCAGCAAGGCGCAAACGGAGCGUCCCGGCCGUGUGAUGUUGAUUUCAAGAACCAGCAGCGGCAAAGCAUGGGAACCAUCCGAGGGAGCGGAGGCCAUCACACAAACUGGACCCUUGGUGUUUGGGGUGCUUUGUAG